AUGCAUGGAUUCUCAUUUGCUGUAAUUACGUUUAUCGUUGAGGUGGUCUCGAUUGCGGUCCAUAGCACACAGAGCCGCAAUAUUGCGGAAGCGAUAGGUGUUCGCUGUAAUAGCCUAUAUGGCCAUAACUCGAAUCAAUACAACUUCUUACUUCUUCGAAUCGAUGUUCUGUUCUUCAAACAGCUUCGGGUCACCUUGCCAUACAAAGGAGGAGUCUAUCGUCUCUCUGGCGGUCGUGAAUACACAACUUUUGAUGCCACGAUCGUUCGUAUAACUACUCAAAAUGGAUUGGAAGGCUGGGGAGAAAGCACUCCGUUUGGUUCGACAUAUGUGGCGUCUCACGCUCUUGGUGUUCGUGCAGGUAUUGCUGAAAUCGCACCGAAGCUGAUAGGAUUAGACCCUCGAAGAGUUGAUCGCAUCAACGAUGCUAUGGACGCCGCGCUGAUCGGUCAUGAACAUGCUAAGACAGCACUGGAUGUUGCUUGCUGGGACAUUUUCGGCAAAUCCGCAGACAUGCCAGUAUGCGAGCUUCUUGGUGGUCGUACCAAUCUCAGAAUGCCGGUAAUUUCCUCGAUUUAUGUGGGAGAGCCAGAAGACAUGCGUAGGCGUGUCGCGGAGCACCGAAGCCGUGGAUAUUUAGGACAUUCUGUUAAGAUCGAGGGAGAGCCUGUAAGAGACGCGCUUCGCAUCGCCGCAAGCCUUGCUGAUCAGCGACCCGAAGAGUUCUUCAUUGUCGAUGCUAAUGGCGGCCUUACCGUUGAGACCGCAUUACGCAUGUUGAGGUUGCUGCCUAAAGGGUUAGAUUUCGUUUUGGAAGCACCUUGUCCAACAUGGCGGGAGUGCAUCUCCCUACGACGCAGAACAGACGUGCCCAUUAUCUUCGAUGAACUUGCAAUAAGCGACGCAUCCAUAUUGCAGCUUAUUGCUGAUGACGCUGCAGAUGGAAUAGGCUUCAAGAUCUCGAAGAAUGGUGGCUUGACCAAGGGUCGUCGCCAGCGGGACAUCUGUGUGGCCGCAGGUUACACUUUCAGUGUCCAGGACACCACCGGCUCAGACAUCGCUUUUGCAGCUAUUGUGCACCUUGCUCAGACCGUUCCGGAGCGCUACCUACGCUGUGUUCUCGAAAGUCGUGACAUGGUCAGCUACAAGACAGCUGAUGGAGCGUUUAACGUUCAUGAAGGUCGAAUCACAGCCCCAACUACAGCGGGUCUGGGAAUUGAGCCGCGCAUGGACGUAUUAGGCCAGCCUGUCGCGACUUACCUCGGGCUUGAGAGUGCUGAACAAAAAUAG